AUUUUCAACCAAACAAAAUACCAACUCUCUAGAAUAUUCGCACGCACAAUAUUUCCCUUUCUUUCUUCAUCAUAACCAAAAAAAAAAAAAAAAUGUUAACUGCCACUUAAACUCUAAUUUAUCUGACUGUCAUAUGGCUACUACACUUUUGCCUUCACCGGUGAUACACACUGGAAAUGUAAAGAAAUUUGGUAUUACUAAUGGUGGUGGAAGAAGAGUUGUUAAGGUUAGUUCGAGUGUUAAGGAUUUGGAAGAUGUUGGAUUGUUUAAGGUUAAUAGUAUGAAAGUAGUGGAUAAGGAGGAAGAGCAAAAACGGAAUUAUUAUGUGAAUACUGGUUCUGCUAUUCGGAUACUCAGAGAAGAGUUUCCUGCGCUUUUCUAUAAGGAGCUAAACUUUGAUAUCUACAGGGAUGAUAUAGUCUUCAAAGAUCCCCUCAACACCUUUACUGGCAUUGAGAAUUACAAAUCGAUCUUCUGGGCUUUACGAUUUCAUGGCAGGAUAUUCUUUAGGGCUUUGUGGAUAGAUAUAGUUAGUGUUUGGCAGCCUGUGGAAGGCAUGAUCAUGAUUCGAUGGACUGUUCAUGGAAUUCCUCGUGUUCCAUGGGAGAGCCGCGGUCGAUUUGAUGGCACUUCAGAGUAUAAACUAGACAAAGAUGGGAAGAUUUAUGAGCACCGCGUUCACAACAUUGCACUGAAGGGACCCCCAAAGUUCCAUGUACUUGCUGUACAGGAAUUAAUUGGAUAUAUCAACUGUCCCACCACGCCAAAGCCGACUUACUUUGUUAUCUCAUUCCCUUCUUUGGUUAACACUAUGCCAACGGCAGAAUUUGCAGAUUUCAGACAUCAACUUGGUUCAAUUUUAGCCUCUGCUAAGAGAGGCGAGGAGGAACAAUCGCAGCAAGAUAAUAGCAUUGUGACGAGGUGCUAAAAGUUUUGAUGAAUCUUCGCGGUGGGUUGCAGAAUGGCAUCAGAACUAUAGGUAUUUAUUCAUAUACAUUAUAUAUAUAUAAAACUUUCAGGAACAGCUGAAUGUAUCUGGAGUUCGUUCGUGUCUUUCUGGGCGUUAUUCUUCAUUGAACUUCAGUUACUGUCUCGAGUUAGAAAAUUUUACAGCUGUAUAUUUUUGUAUAUAGUAUAUCUUACUACUGAGUUUGACAGUUAUUAUCUGGCUGAAAAUGUUCUCCACAAUUUGUAAUGAAAUAUUUCCCUGCAUAGAAGUGAUAUCCAACUCAUGAAAUAGUUUUGGAGA